AUGACGCGUGACCUCUUCGCCCUAGACCACCAGCUACACACCAACUUGCCACCAAGGCAUUCAUCGCGGAUGACACCAGAAACAGGCGAACAGCAGCAGCAAGCACCCACAUCCAACCGCUUCUCACGUCGUCUCUCCUCCGUCCCGCGCGACUUGCGCAAUUCCUUCGAAAACGUCUCUUCGCGUCUCAGUUUCUCAAAUGCAUCAAGACACGCAUCUUCUGGACAUCGCAAGACGUUAUCAGUCUUGGAAACAGACUCGGCGAGCCAUGUCAAGUCACACGAGGGGUUGAAUGGUGCAGGACCUCGAAGACCUUCUUCAUCCAUGGGCAUGCCAGCAGCAGCGUCUUCACACAGCGACCCAUUCACGGCAGGCCCACCACAACGCAGUACAAGCGCCAUGUCCAAUAGUGACGCUGCCUCCAUACACUCCUCAACAGGCAGUAUCGGGCCCACUUCUGGUCGAUGGUUCGAACGGCUUCGUCGCAACUCAAAUCGCACAGUCUCCAGGGAAAUCGAUACGGCCCUUGAAAAGGCCAAUGAAGCAGCAGCGCAUCGCUCACAUAACCCAUUUCUAAGGAAACGAUCUAUUGCGUCUGUUGUCUCUGUGACGGCAUAUCAUGAGCCUGGUCGUAAGAUUUUGGGAGCGACGCCAGCACAAGCUGCAGAGAUGGGUGGUGUGGCAUCCAGCGCGUCAUCUUUGCUGCCAGCAUCGUUCAUCAGCGAGUCGCGGGAUGUAGAGGUACCGUAUGUGGUGGAUGCCUGUGUUGCAUACCUGCUUCAGCACGAUGCAAUUUCAAUGCCUGGACUAUUUCGCGUGAGUGGAUCGAAUGCCGCGUGUCGGGCACUGGCGGAGUACUUUUCACAUUUCUCAAAUGAGGCAGCAAGGAUACCCCUGAAUGAGAUCGUAUUGCCAGGCGACCAGGUGCUCUCCGUGCAUGACGUUGCAUCGACCCUCAAAAAAUACCUCACAUUGCUACCAGGUGGUCUAUUCGGUGAGAGUGUCUUUAUGGAGCUUCAAGAACUCAGUGAAGAAGAACCAGGUCAGCGCAGUGCCCGGCAUAUCGCUGAAGCACUCACAGAGAUGACAGACCCCUUGAAACUGGCAAUUUGUCAAAUACAGCUCGGUUUGCUUGCAACGAUUGCAGAACGGACAGUCACGUUACGUGCAGAAUCGGCACAGGCUGAGCAUGAAGUGGGGUAUAUGACUGGCAAGACACUUGGUAUUGUCUUUGCGCCUGCGUGUCUUGGCGCAACGGCGCCGGGUCAUUCUAUGCAAAGCACACCUAGUACAACAGGACGCAUGAGUAAUGAUAUGCGGCGUUCUUCAACCUCACAAAGCGACUAUUCCUUCAAAUCAGAUGCAUCGACACAGAUCGAAGAAGCUGUCUUGCAAGCGAAACAAGCUGGUAAAGUGGUGGAAAUGCUCAUUGCACACUGGCAGGAAGUAGUUCCACUCCUAGAUCAGCUGACUGGAUCCGAUGCACUUGGUCAGCAACGACCACGCUCAUCACGGAGUUCUAUGGAUUACGUACGGCGAGGCCACGUUGAUUCUGAUAUCGCGAGACCGUUGGAUACGAUUAUGGAUAGUAGUCCACUCAAAUUGCCGCCGCCAAAAGAUGCACGCCGCAAUGAACAUGCACGCAAUAUGAGUGUCGAUACCGUCACCCAGGGUUGUACGUGUGACAAGGCAAAGCAUCGUGAGAGUGCCAUGGUCAAGGGACUUGAAGUCAAGCUGGCCGCGAGCGAACAGCAGCGGUCGCAAGCACUUGAGCAAAUUGCGACGCUUGAGCUGCAGGUGCAAGCAUUGCAGCGAGAACUGGCAUUGGGUAAGCUACAAGUCCAUGAGGGUCCUUCUGUUUCAACAGAUGCCAGGGAAGGGUAA